AUGUAUUAUUCAAACACGUAUACCCAGGGUAAUGGAUCUGGGCGAAGAUUCAUUGUAAAGGCUAGUAGAGAUAUAUACUAUCGUAUGUAUUUAGAUAAGAAUACCUACUCUGGGAUCAAGAGAAGCUCCUCUAAUUGUCACACAGUGGCUUCUUGUGUAGCCAUAUUCCAAAUGGUUGAUCCUUUCAAAUCAGACUUUUUCUUUCUCGUAUUGUCAUCAUCUACUAAGAGAAAAAUGCGUAUUGUCUUUGCUGCCAUUCUUUUUAGUGGGCUAGCUUGCAUUGUUCAGGCAAUAGACCCUCGUUGGGGUCAAGAAACAAGAUUUGAUCCAGUUGCACCUACAAACUAUCAAUAUAGCGGAGAACCCUAUUUAGACUAUCACAUUGAUAUUUAUUCUUUCAAUGUUACCAGCAACAGUGUACUUGAUCUUACGAAUCCAGAAUGGACUCUUAUUCCAGGUGUUGCAAAAACCAUCAUUCCAAGAGCUUCAAGUCGAUUUAUAUUUUCCGGAAUCCCCCGCACUGAUUCAGUAUUUCUUCAGGGCGGAAGUGUAUGUCCUACUUGCACUUACAACGGAGGAUACUCUUACAAUGUAUCGACAAAUUUAUGGAAGCAACUGACUUCUACUACACCAAUAAUGGAUACUUCUUCCGUAAUUUUGAACGAUAUUAUCUAUUAUUUUGGUGGUCAAACUGCUGCUGUAACUGGUUAUCCUACAACAUCUACUAUACUGUACAAUAUACUAUAUACUGUCAAUACCAAGACAGGGAAUUCGUCAUCAAUUGCGGCCAGAGGUGGAUCCCAGCUACCUCAAGCAACAUGGUCAUCAUCUAUGGUUUAUUCUUCCGCUUAUUCAUCAAUUAUUAUUUUUGGCGGUCAGCAAUACUCUGAUACAACAAUACCUGUUAGUAUGAAAGAUAUUUUCUCCAUUAAUCUCCAGACAGGCGUGUACAGCAAGUUGAGCCAAACAGUAGCUACCACGGGUGAUUUACCUGCUACUAGAUGGGGUCAAUCCACAGUCAUGGAUCCUACCAAUAACUAUGCAGUUAUGUUUGGUGGCUGUAAUGAUGCCGGUGAAGCAAUGAAUGAUGUUUGGCUGUAUGAGAUCGGUAAACGCGCUUGGUCAAUACAGACAACAACCGGAAUUCCGCCUACUCCAAGAUGUAGACAUUCUGCUGUUGUUAUUGGAAAAUAUAUGUUGGUUUUGUUCGGUGGAAAUAAUGGUGUAUUCAACUCUGAUAUUAAUGUCGCUCUCGACAUGACUACCUGGGCAUGGACUACCACCCCUGCGAUUGGCUCACCGUCUGAUUUUGGCACACCAAUUGUUUCUCCCCCUUCACCGUCUCCGAAUGCUUCGGCAACACUAUCAAGCUCUGGACCAAAGGCAUCGUCUACACAAGCGAGCGAAGAAAUUCUUGGAAACGGUGGUAGCUCAUCUAGAAUUUCUGGAGGCGCUAUUGCAGGUAUCGUCGUUGGAUCUAUUGUAGGCGGUGGAAUUAUUGGCGCACUUAUCUUCUUUGUAUUCAAAAGACGCAACAAGUAUUCGAACGCAAAUGAAGUUGAAGAGAAAGAUAGCGAUGUUGAAUUUGCUAUUAAUGAAGGAAAUAUCACAAGCUCACCCCAAUCUGGAGAGGGAAGUUCGACCAACUAUGCUAAUAGAAUACUUAAGCCUGACCAGAAAAUUGGUGGACCCGCAUUACCAAUAGGUCGUAUUAUGCUUGAGCCAGUUAAGCCAGAUUUCAGAUGA